AGUUAAUCGUAAAAACAGCUCGGCUGCGUAAUAAUAUACUAGCCGCGCAGCCUUGAGUCGUCGCCGUGCCUAUACAGAAAUGCAGAACAUAAUUACACUUGCGCGUGCAUACCGCCGCGUAUGGUAUAGCAGUAUAUAGUUAUACGAAACAUGCGCUGCCCAUCAGAACGACAAAUCCGUCCUCACGCGACGGAAAAAAAAAAAAAAAAAAAUAGCGGCUAGUCAAAUAGUACUUAUGUACGAUUCUAACGGAUCCAGCGAUACGCGCGGGUGAAAGUCCUGAGCCAGGAGUAGGGGACGUCCCGCGGGCGCAGCGCGUCGAGCAUUAUAUCCGUGAGCUGGCGCGGACAUUCCGGGAGUGACGCUCGAAGCGCUUAGACCGAGAGGACUUUAUCGAGGAGAAGAAUGAGCUCAGUGGCCAACGACGGCGUCGCUCUGCCGACGGGACAGCGAGUGCCGAUCGUCGGGUUCGGCACCUGGCAGGCAUCGGAAGAAGAGGUAGCGGCUGCUGUAGAGAAUGCCUUGGAAGCUGGAUACAGGCACAUUGAUGCAGCACCAGUAUAUCUCAAUGAACACGUUAUUGGAAAAGUUUUGAAAAAAUGGCUUGAUUCUGGUAAAGUCAAGAGAGAGGAACUUUUCAUAGUAACAAAGGUGCCACCGAGUGGAAAUAGGCCUGAGAGAGUGGAAAAGUAUUUAAAAAAGUCUUUGAAAGAUUUACAACUGGAUUACUUGGAUCUCUAUCUGAUUCAUGUUCCAUUUGCAUUUGUGGAGGAAGAAGGCAACUUGUUUCCAAAGCACGAAAAUGGUGAACUCAAAAUUGAUCACAAUACUGACCACAUCGCCGUGUGGGCAGAAAUGGAGAAGCAGGUUGUCAAUGGCCUGACCAAAGCCAUCGGCUUGUCUAACUUCAAUACCAAACAAAUUGACAGAGUAUUAAACUCUGCCAAGGUGCCUGUUGCUACAUUGCAGAUUGAACUGCAUUUGUAUUUCCAGCAAAAAGAAAUGGUUGAAUACUGUAAAAACAAAGGUAUUCCAAUCACUGCAUAUUCUCCUCUUGGAACAAGGGGAUUAGUAAAGUCGUUGGGAAAAGAUGGCGCGGUCCCAGAUUUGUUGGAGAAUCCAACUGUCUUACAAAUAGCUAAGAAGCACAAUAAGACACCAGCACAGAUUGCGCUUAAGCAUACUAUUCAAAAAGGAAUUAUCGUUAUUCCCAAGAGUACAACUCCUCAACGCAUCAGAGACAAUAUUCAGUUAUUCGGUUGGCAACUCGAUGAUGUAGACGUAAAAGCAUUGAAUGCAUUAGAUCAAGGAGAGAAAGCACGUAUCUGUGAUUUCUCAUUUUUACCAGGAACAGAGAAGCAUCCCGAAUUCCCCUUCAAACAAUAACUUUCAGUACAUCGUCAACUUAGCAAACUGAUUCACAUAUAGAGUAUGUAUUUAACCUCAAAACUAUUGUGUGAAACUGUUGUUUUAUUUAUGAAAAUCUUGAGUAUUUAUUAUUGAUAAUUGAAUUGUCAACUGUUGAAAUUAUGAGAGCUUUGUUAUUUACAUUUGGUUUUUGCUAUUUCUAUAAAAAAACUGUUAGCAAAUUUUAUGUAUAAUUACAGUGUUCGCUUGGAAUCUAUUAAAAUAAAUGAACAUUUGUUAAAAAAGGC